CAGAAGCCCCCAGAGAGGACAGCAGUGACCGAGGCGGAGGAUCCAGAGGCAUCUCUCUCUCUGCAUGAGAGAGGUGGCCGGUCAACAAAGCCAAAGAGGAGCAAAAAGAAUGCAGAGGAGUUCUGUAAAUUAGGGUCGCAAAUGUCUCCACAUGAAGCGCCUACUGAAGGAGAGGAAUGAGGAACAGGAGAGGGAGCAGUAGUUGAAGAAGGUGGUGGAGGAGGAGAUUCAGGAGUGGCUGCAGAUGAAGAGCCCCCUUCUUCACCCAGUUAUUAACACAAUCCCAGAGAGGAACCGAGAGGAAAUACAGAGAGAAUGUAGGUUCCUUAACAGGAGCCUUGUGGAAUUAUUCAGAUAAGUAUUCAGAACCGCUUUGCACUCUAUAUUAGCCUGCAGUUCUUAGAAGAGAUCGACAUGCUAGCCAUUUGCUAAAUAUUCCCCUUUUCUCUCUCCUCAUGCUAACUAAUCAGCAACAACACACAACUGAACCAUGUUAUUGAAGCAAACAGCAGUGUGUUACAAGUUGAUAUGAACUUGUGGAACUGAAUUAACGCAAGGCAAAUCCUGUAAAUGUUAAUUUGAACUAGGGUUUGAAUGUUUCUGACAACAUAGCUUUGGUUUCCAUGGAAACUAGUAUGAGAUGUUCCGGUACUGAGGUUGGAGCACUUGUGUUGUAACAGGAGGAGGCAGCCAGUAGAGGGAGCACAGACAGAGAGCAGAGGGGAAGUUUAAGAAAUGGCUUUGUGCUGAGGAAAAGAGUCGACCCAGUCCCAAGGCACCCGGCUGCCCACGAGACCCUGGACCUUGCCUAGAAAACUACAAUUCCCAAGAUGCAGCGGUGCGGUGCAGGUGGCCAGGCAACCUGCACCGCUGGUGGCCAGGCAAUUUGCACCUGCCAGGAAUGUCCUCUGUGGCAGAGCAGGACGACUCCUUUGACUUCCUUUUUAAGAUUGUCCUGGUGGGAGACUCAGACGUGGGGAAGACCUGUGUGGUCCAGAGAUUUAAGUCUGGUGUCUUCAUGGAGAAACAGCAGAACACUAUCGGGGUGGAUUUCACCGUCAGAACCAUGCUCAUCAAUGGCAGGAAUGUCAAGCUGCAGGUGUGGGACACAGCUGGACAGGAACGUUUCCGCUCAAUCACCCAGAGUUAUUACCGCAGCGCCCACGGCGCCAUAGUGGCCUACGAUAUCACACGCUGGCCAACCUUUGACUCUUUGACACACUGGAUCCAGGAAGUGGAACAAGACGGGGCCGCAAGCGUUGUGCUCAUCCUCAUUGGGAACAAGUCAGACCGGCAGGCGGAGAGACAGGUGCUGUUUGAGGAUGCCUGUACCCUGGCUGAGGGGCGGGGUGCGCUGGCCGCCCUGGAGACCUCUGCGAAGGAGGCCCAGAAUGUGGAGGCAGCCUUCAUGCUCAUGGCCCGGGAGCUGAUGGUGAGGAACGGCCUCGCACUCACAGACCAACACUCAAAGGCCUCCCCACACUUCUUCCCAAACUCCCAUCCAAUCCAUGGCGCCGAUCCUACAAACAGGGAGUCAUGUUGUUGAGAGAAUUGACAGGAAGCGUGGGAGAGGGUUUGUGGUGCUGAUAACUUGGAAUCAACAUCGCCUACAGUCCCUUGACACUUGCCCUUGUAGAUGUAAAGCCACAAAGCCCACUCGUUUUUGACUGCUUACUUCUACAGGUGCUGUCAAGAAGUAUGCUUCGGGAUAGGGGAUGAGUGUAUUAUAUUGUGUGGAUGUGAUAUGAGUACUCUACUGAUAAUGGUGACUAUCACUGCCACUUAGUUCACCAGUAGUUUAAACAUGGCUGCCAGUAGUCAAACACUUGUUACCAGUACUUAAUGUUAAGUAUCCCUUGCCACCUGUGGUUUAUUGUAUAUGGGGGGGAAUUAUGUAUUCACCUUAUGUUGGAUAUGUAACAAUUAUUUACAUAAAGUGAGAUAUUUCUGUCCUGCUAA